CGUAGCUGAGAGGUGCAGCCAAAGCCAACCGAUCUCAGAAGAAGGCGCACUUAUGUUGAGGAGAAGGCGCUUUUGACAAGGAGCUUGGCCGCUGCUCUGCUGAAGAUCAGCUUAGCAAUGAAGAGCCAGUGCGGCGCCAUCAUCUGCAUCAUGUGCAUCAUUGUGGUGUGGCUGACGAUGGCCGAGUUGGUCCAAGGCAUCGAAGGCCACUACACCAAGCCCUAUCUCCUCACCUUUAUCGCACACAGCGCAUACGCCUUCUGUCUGCCCCUGUGGUUCCUCUGGCGCAUGUACCACUACUUCAAGGACCGAUGGAAGGAGCGAAAGGACGGGUUGGGGGAGACCGGCAAGGCGGCCGGCGCCGCGAGUGCGCGGUCCUGGCGGCACGGCGGCAGAUCGGCUGGCUCGAGCAGCUCGCGACUGGGCAAGCUUGAAGGGAAGGGGGGGCAUGCGCAUCCGCAUCACCACCACCACUCAGUGCCGCCCAAGAUCGGCUACUUCAAUUGGUGCUAUUUCUUCGGGGCAUCCAUACCUAUUGGUGGGGGCGCACUUAACUUACGGGAGGGAGGGAGGGAGGGAGGGUCAGCUCGCGACGGUCUGUCUGUCUGUCUUCUGUCUGUCUGUGUGUAUGUGCGGCAUUUGUGGUUCAGGUAUUUUGGCUUUUGUUUCGGGCUGGUUCUGGUGAGUGAAAUGAUGCUGGCAGACACACAGACAGACAGACAGACGGAUAUCUUCUUUUCUUGUGUGAGGUCCUUUUGGUGCUUGCAGGUAUCUCUCUCUGCCACGCACAAGCGUAAGCACACACAAUCCGCUUCGAUCCGUCCGUCCGUCCAUCGAUCCAUCUGUGUCUUUGAGUGCCGUGCAGGUGUCUGGGAACACGGCCAUCUACCAGUCGUCGUGCACGAUGGUCUACCUCAUCUCGAUCUUUGUCCUCAAGGAGCGCGUCACGUGGCUCAAGUCGGCAUCCGUCACCGUUUCCUUCCUCGGCGUCCUCUUCAUCUCAUUCUUCCCGGGAAACGCCGGCACGGAGGAGCCCUCACGAUCGCUCAGGAGAGACCUCUUCUACUAUAGCGAGCUGCCUGUGCACCCGAUGGUGCGGAGGAAAGGCAGGUCGGUGGCGUGGGGGUGGGGUGAGGGCGGCGUUGGGAGGCAGCUUGUGACGGAGAGUGAGGUGGGCGGUGUGGAGGGAAUAGUCACGAGGGCCGGGGGGGACGACUGGGACAUCGAUGACACGGGAGAGGAGCCAAUCCACCCGUCGCUGUUCGGUGCGUGUGGAAAAAAGGACGAGUGGCUGCUCUGCUGCUGGGUACACACUUGCAGGUUUUGAUUGCCUUGCCUUCCGUUGGUGCGGUACACAGGGUAUGGGAUGUGUUUUCUCAGUAUGGUCUUAUAUGCUUGCUAUGAGGUAGGAUGGCAGGGCAGGCAUGGCAUCCAACACACACACUUGCACUACAGCCACAGAGCAUACGUGUGCGGCGUGCCGUGCAUGGCAUGGACACCUGACGUGACGGUCGGUUGGUGUCCCUCCCUCUGUGUGUGUGCUGGGCUGGUGCAAUGCGACCUAUUUAGGUGUUUUACAAGAAGUGGGCCUCGCAUGCCGGCGACCCCUACCCACUUGCAAGUAAGGAAGCACUCCUUUUCAUCACCUCACCUCCACACGGCAAGCAAGGACCGGCAGUGCAGUCCCACCCCACACAAUUGCCUUCCUUCGCCUUGCCUGCUUGCUGUGCGCCUCGAUAUAUCAGAUUCGUUGAGGUUUCUCGGUCUCAUGGGUAAGCCUGCCACACACAUGCCACUAGACAGACAAUACACGACACUUGCCCAGUGCUCUCACUCACUCUCAACGCCUGUCUCUCUCUUUCUGCCUGUGUGGAUCGAUGGCCAUCGAUGGAAUGCAAUCUAAUCCAAUCCAUGGCUGCCUGCAGGCUGUUCGACGCUGUUGUUUGCCGGGCCGCCGAUCCUGAUCCUGGAUCUUUUCCCCCACUGGGGUGAGAGCUUCGAGCUGCCCAAGGGAGAGGGGGCGAGACUGAUCGUGCUGCUCGCCUCACUGGACACGCUAUUCAACCUCUUCCUGCUCUUCGCUAUCAUGCUCUCAUCACCCCUCUUCACGUCGAUCGGGUUGGUUUGUGUGGCCGACGGAUGAACGGAUGGAUGGAUGGAUGGGGUGGCACAUUGGCCGGCACUGCCUGCCUUUGGUCGGUGUGUGUUGGCUGUGCUGUGCACAGGUGUCUGUUGCUGCUUCCGGCGUCGGUCUUCUCUGACUUGUUGAUACACCAUGUGAGCAAAGCAGGAACCAGAUAGACAGACAGACAGACAGACAGAAGGACAGGAGCUUGCUGAUUGAUGGCCGGCCAUUUAACAUUCACCCUUUCUUUCGUUCACAUCUGUCUGUCUGUCUGUCUAUGUGGUGUGGGUGCAGUAUCGUCUGCCCUUCCCGGCCCUUAUCGGUGUCGGCUUCAUUCUCCUGGGCUUCAUCGGUCAGUUUGUUGUGUUGUGGACACAAACGCACUUCCGCACACCGCACCGAUAUGAUCGUAUGUCCUCACGCUGCCACCUCUUGUCGCCUUGUCACCCCACCCACACAGGCUUCACGAUCUCCGAGAUGCGUGACGGCGACACACUCUAUGAGUACGAAGUCCUCCCCACCCCCGACAACAGGUCUCUCCGGGGCAAGCAAGUGGCGCCGCUGAGCGACGCGGGCGGCUUCCUGCCCUUCGCACACACCAGCACAGUCCGAGAGCAGCUCAAUGGCCGUCCGCAUCCGCACGAGAACGGCCCCACGGUGAUCGGCAAGGCGACAAAUGAGACCGAGUUGGACGAUUUCGGUGCCUUUGACGUGCCGGAGUGGGGCGAUAUUGCUGACUAUGACGAUGAGGGCGAAGGCGAUGAGCAAUCUGAUGAGGAUGACCUUGAGCUCGACGACGAGGACCUGAUCGACCACCUGGAGGCCUCGCAAGUCAGUGUUAUCAGGGAAUGAAGAAAUGGCUGACUGACUGACAAACAGACAGGGAACAAAGGGCUCGCAAGUGAGUGGGAUGGCGGGUCAAUCAAUGGGUCGGUCGACCGAUCGGUCGGGUGAGGAGGGCGGCGGGCUGGGGUGUGCACGUGAUGUGAUACUCUCGGUGCUGUUGGUCUCUGCCGACCCUUUCAUUGGAUCAGAGGUUCCAAACACAGCCAGGCCGUAGCCAGGCGAAUAUGUGGUCGGUCAGUCAUUCAUUUGCAAAACUUCAUGAUCGAUGACUUGAUUUGACGGCGGCAAUUCAAUUGGAAGCGAGCUGGGGUGCCCCGC